UGUGUCUAUAAAGCAGCAGUUGUUCCUUCGCAGCCUGCAGAGCCACAGAGACUCUGAGCUCCAUCGCAGCCAUGACUUUCUGCAAACUGCUGUGUGUGCUGGUGCUGAUCCACAACUUUGAGGAUGUUCUGGGAGCUGAGGUGAGGAGCUCCAUCAUCGGCGGAGAGAACGCUGAAAAGGGCCACUGGCCGUGGAUGGUCCACGUCAAUAUGACGACAGCUGACCGCAGCGUCAGGUGGCGCUGUGGCGGCACCCUCGUCAGCAGUGGCUGGGUCCUGACUGCUGCACAAUGCGUGGAUAGUCAACGUCAGCCCAGUUUGCGGCGAUCAAUGGUUUGGGUCGGCACACUUGCCCUGCAGAAGGGGAGCGCCCGUUACAUGGGCAUAGAUACUGUCGUCACCCACCCUUACUACCGGGCCCUGGGCAACGGCUACGUCAACGACAUCGCCCUGGUCAAGCUGAAGAAACGGGUGACGUUCUCAAAGACUGUUGCUCCGGUGAAACUGCCCAGCGUCGACGACACCUUCGAUUCCUCGUCUGAGUGUUGGAUCACUGGCUGGGGGGAGGUUAAGACUGGUGUUCCACUGCCGAAUCCAGAAACCCUUCAGCAGCUGAAGAUUCCCAUCAUGCCCCAGACUACCUGCAAGGCCGCGUAUCCUCAGCUGACUUCUGACAUGCUGUGUCUGAGGAGCUGCAGCUGUUCCUUCACAGCCUGCAGAGUCACAGAGACUCUGAGCUCCGUCACAGCCAUGACUUUCUGCAAACUGCUGUCUGUGCUGGUGCUGAUCCACAACACUGAGGUAUCAGUCUCCAUCAUCGGGGGGACGGAUGCUCCAGUAGGCAGCUGGCCGUGGAUGGUCCACCUCAACAUGACGACAUCUGACCGCAGCGCUAGGUGGCGUUGUAGCGGCACUCUCCUCAACAGCAAAUGGGUACUGACUGCUGCGGACUGCGUGGCUGGACCACUUAAACCCGAUUUGUGGAAAUCAAUGGUCUGGAUCGGCCCAAACCAGCUGCGGAGGGGAGCUGUCCGUUACAUGGGCAUAAAUACUGUCGUCGCCCACCCUAACUACCGGGCCCUGAGCAACGCCAACGACAUCGCCCUGGUCAAGCUGAAGAAACAGGUGACGUUCUCAAAGACUGUUGCUCCGGUGAAACUGCCCAGCGUCGACGACACCUUCGAUUCCUCGUCUGAGUGUUGGAUCACUGGCUGGGGGGAGGUUGGGACUGGUGUUCCACUGCCGAAUCCAGAAACCCUUCAACAGCUGAAGAUUCCCAUCAUGCCCCAGACUACCUGCAAGGCCACGUAUCCUCAGCUGACUUCUAGCAUGCUGUGUGCAGGGGUCAGUGCUGGAGGGAAGGACGCCUGCACAGGGGACAGUGGCAGCCCGUUGGUGUGUCGUGCAGCCGGCCGCUUCGUUCAGGUGGGAAUCAUGAGUUAUGGGAGUUCAGACGGCUGCGGUCUCCCAGGAAAACCUGGUGUCUACACUCGGGUGUCCAAGUAUCUGCGCUUCAUCAGCAACUACGUCGGGCAGAGCGAGGAGAGUUUCUCUUUUUCUGUUUCAUGCAUGCUGACAAACAGCUCUUUUCAUCCGUCAGCCCUGACUGCACCCCCCACUCUCAAAACGACACCUUCCUCCGGCGGUGAAAGGCACCGACUUUCAUUUAUUGCACUGCAAAUUGAAGCAGCUUUGAUUGUUUUUAUUAAACUGCUACACUGCACAGACUAACAACUGCAAAAUUCCACUUACACGUUGAUGCAUCAGUGCUAUUCAAUAACAUGUAUUAGUCACCCAGCUUAAUUAUUGCCACUUUUAUUUUUGGUACUUUUACAUCAGGACCAUUUCAA